UCCCAAGUUGCGUUCGUCCCGCAUCAUCCCCGCAUUUUCGGUCCUGAGCAAACUUAUCACAACCAACCCCACUUCCUCUAUCGCAACCUCAUUUUAUGCAACAUUACCACAACCUCGCCCUGCUGUGACAUGCCCAUCAAAACCUCCACACAAAUACGACCAGAACUACCCACAGAGAUCACACAACGUCACCUACUAACGAGAUCCGAGGCCCCCUGAGAGCCAUGGACCCCUCAUCCCACCUUCCCCUCUGCCUCUAAGGCUCGGGCUAACCUUCUCCACAGCACGAUUGCUACGUUACAUCUCCCAACUACGGCACCUUGAGCCUCGCCCCUCCAGCCUUCUCAGCCUUAUAUCUUCAAGCCAAACCCAUGUUAUAAACUCUAUUCCUCCCUCAGCAAAACCACCCCCAGGACCCCCCCACCAGCCCUCAAAAUGUCGGCCCAAACCGGCUCCCCCCACCCACUCCUCGACCGCCUCAACAAAGACGGCUUCGUCGUGAUCCCCUCCCUCCUCACCCCCGAAGCUCUCACCACCCUGCGCACCGCCACCACCUCCGUCGACGCCCAGGCCCGCGCCGGCAACUGGCCCUACAUCCGCACUCUCCCCAAGCAAUUCCCCCCCUGGUCCGCCGCCGACCUCGACAAAGGCAUCUGGGGCGUGCAGCACCUAAUGCACCCCGAACUCCCGCCCUCCGCUCUCUUCACCUCCUCGUAUUUUAGUCAGCGCACUUUGGCCGUCGUGACGGAGCUCUUACAGUGCUCUACUGAUGAUCUGGUCAUGGAGCUGUAUAACCUCCUCGUGCGCCCUGAUCACCCCUUUGCGCUGCGCUGGCAUAGGGAUGACAUCGCGCCUACUGCCACGGCAGAGGAGGAGACGGAGCGCUUGGCCAAACCGGCGUGGCACGCGCAGUGGAACCUGGCGCUUUAUGACGACGCAUCGCUGAUCGUGGUUCCGGGAACGCACGCCAGGCCGCGGACAGACGCAGAGAGGAGCGCAGAUGAGUACGAGGAUAACAUGCCCGGGCAGCUGGUAGUGCAGUUGAAGGCAGGUGACGCGGUGUUUUAUAAUAAUAAUAUCCUACAUCGCGGUGUGUAUGAUGCGGGGAAGGCGAGGGCAACGCUGCAUGGGAGUAUGGGACAUGUGAAGGGGGGGAGGGAUAGGGCGAGGAAUGUGCUGCAGCAUGGGUGUGGGGAGUGGGUUGAUCAGGUUGAUUUUGGGGCUAUGGAGGGGAAGGAUAGGGAGGUGGCGGAGGGGAUGAGGAAGAGGCUUGUGGAGUUGGGGAGGGUGAGUGGGGAUAUUGGGUAUUCGCAGGUUGAUUAGAGUAGGGGUGGAUGCAUACCAAUUGGUGGUGGUAAGGUGUUACAGUAUAGUAAGUAGCGCGAUGAGCAGCAGGCCUCAUGGGACGUAUUAGACAGGUAUAAUUAAACCAAAUCUAGCAAAUCGCAAUAAACGUU